CGCUACAGUCGAAUCUUCUGUGGUUUCAUUCUGCUCUUAUUCAAGUUCAAGGUCUCCUUGCUGCUCCUUUUAUAGCUUUCAACUCCAACACAGCCUAUACAUACAACUAUUCCUUAAGCCAUGGCAGAAAGUGAAGCACCUACACCUAGCCCUAGGAUGAUCCUUGAAGAAGUCAGGAUUAUCUUCGAGAACCGACCUGGAGGGGACAUCGUGUAUCCCCUUACGUCGCCUGAGGAGAUAGAGAAGGCGGCUAAGAGCCCUUAUAUACUCAAAGAGGGCUGCCACUAUAAGAUCAGGGUAACAUUCAGAGUGCAACAUGACAUUAUCUCUGGUCUUACAAGCCAAACCUCGACUUUCAGAAAAGGAUUACGUGUCGCGAAGGACCAGCAGAUGCUGGGUUCGUUUGCGCCACAGUCUAAGCUACACGAGGUUACUUUUCCCCGCCAUGGAUGGGAAGAAGCCCCUUCCGGGAUGCUCUCUCGUGGAAGCUACACCUCGAGACAUAAAUUUGCCGAUGAUGAUUCUGUAGUGCAUGCUGAGUGGGAAAUGGCAUUCGAUAUCAAGUCUGAGUGGUAGUCAAGUAGUAACACGAUCCCCA